GGACGCUGACGAAGAUGGAACAAGAAAAACUUUCCAGCGCCUCCAACGAGUGCUCUCCUUUGCAGUUGGCUUUUCCGGGCGCUUCUGCUUCUGCGCGCCGCCGGAAUUGGGUGCUGCGGCUGCGGUUCCUGGAAUUGAAAAUAUUAAACAAAGCUGGGAAGACGAAGACAAGAACUGAUACAUCAGCCCAGCAUGAGGCAUCUUCACAAUUCGGUGUUGUACCAGCAUCAAGAGAGCUGCAUCCAUCAUUAAUUGGCAAAGGCAACACUACAAACUACAACUACACCGCCGGUGCCCGAUCUCGUCUCCCGCCCGCUCCCUUCCGUCAUACCACCUCGUUUGCAGACAUCCUGCUAGGCGGGACAUCAUCAAGUAAUUCGCCUGGUGCAGCUACGUUUUAUUCCCUGUGGUCACCAACGGAACUUGCGCUUCUGGAACUGGAAGGAACAGAAGAUGAACGACAGGAGCAGGAGAACCGUGUUGCUCCCGACGACAACACGAAGAACGGAGGCACAACUUCAACUUCAAAAACUUCUCAUGCUCUGUCAGCAGCUGCAGGGUCAGAAGCGCGAGGAGCCGUUGGUGCAGGAACAACGGCGACGAAAAAGUAUCACCGGUACUAUACGGAAGUGAACAUGUUUUACAACCACAGGUGUCGUGAUAUGAGUCAACAUUGUAGAACAAGCUCUCCCGCCGGCCACCAGCACCACUUUCCUCAAAAGGACAACAAACAGGUUAGGCAGUGUUUGUCCGCUAGCGGAGACCAAAAAUCUCCUGCACCAUCGUCAACGCCACCUCAGCAUCAACUGAUUCUUAUCCCACCCCAACUCCCGCUCAUCCAGCAGUUCGAUUCCGUGGCGGAAAGGUUGCGUAUCAGAUUUUGCACGACAGUCUCGUCUCAUCCCGCUCGUAUUCGCUGGAGGCCAGAAGAAGCAAGAAUCACCGCGCAUGGAAGUACAGAAGUGUAAAGUUACGUGGCUCUGCCUCUGGCUGUUUGUGUUUUUGGGCCUUCCAAUUCGUCCCGCAACUUCCUGUAGCAUAGCAACAGUCCCCGUACUUGUUAUGCAGAACACUAUGUAUUUGUAUGGGAAUGGGUCUGCUGACAAAGAUGUUGAAUGCAUUUGUAGACGUUUCGCUUGUUGGCGUUGGCAUGCACUUGACAAAUGUGAAUGAAGGUGGAGAUGAGACUUCUAUGCAGUAGUUCCAUACCGCAGGUCGUGGAUCUUCUCUUGGAAAACCGACGGAAUUACCUCUAUAAUUUUGCCUCACGACUUGGUAAACUUCUACACGGCGAAGAAACAUCAAGUCAACCUGUCAUGGAAGAAACGGAAACCAAUACGACUUGUCAUGCUUCUCCCGAAGGACGAGCAGCUUCCGCAACAGAACUUCUCGCCUUCGAUUACGCGGAGUUGCUAUUUCGUCAUCCGGGGAAGGUCGCGCGUUUGUCUGGUAACCUGGUUAGGGCGGAGCGACUGACCAAGAGCAAGAAUAUGGGCGUGGGUGCCAGCAAUAUUACAAAUGGAUCUGUGUUGCAGAAUCCGAAUGAGAACCUCAGCCGGGGGACGAUAAUUUCAUCUUCUGCACCUGUAGACAUGAAGUCUUUGGUCGACGUGAAUUUGGCAACCGGAGAGGUUGAAGAACUUGAGCCGGCAGAUCAAGACGUAUGUAGGUCGAGCGAGGAAAGCAAAAAUGAGUCUGUCAUGCAAAAUGGCAAUGGCCGCAGCCGCAGCGGACGCCUGCAUUUAUCUACUUGUGCGAAUGGAACAUCAAAUGGGAGAAGUGCCACGUCUGCGUCCACCACGUAUGACCAACGAGGAAAAAUAUCCGAGCCCGCUGCAGAUGAACAAAACCGUUUCUUGGCCACCGUGCUUCGCAAAAGCACUCGGGAGUUGCUGAGAAGGAAUCCCAAGCGACCAAAUAUAAAGAACACUUUGCCGAAACCGAAUCGAGAACAAACCCCCGCGGAGCAGGUGGUAGCCACCGCACACCACGACAAGAAGAUGAUUUUGCCGACCCCGUCAUCAUCAUCGUCCUAUGCUGGUGCGACUAGACGUAGUUCAUCUCCUACAACUACUUCUAGCAGCUUCAUCCCGUUGCCCUUCGAACCCUUCCCGGUUCCCGGAGGGCGGUUUCGGGAAGUGUACUACUGGGACUCCUAUUGGAAUUGCCUCGCGUUUGUGCAGCAACAGGAACAGCAGAAACAGGAGGCACAGGAACAUCAGCAGAGACGAGCUGCACACAGUGAAGAUCGAGAUCCUCUUUCUCUGAUCGAGAAUGUUUUGAAAAACUUCCUCUACCUUCUCAACACGUUCGGGUUCAUUCCCAACGGAAAUCGGGUGUACUACUUGACAAGAAGUCAGCCCCCGAUGUUCACCGAGAUCGUAUUGCUGUGGCUGAAGGAAGUGAUGCUACAAAAAUGUUGCGCCAAGGAAGAGCGUGCGGGUGGACGACCACAAGCGGCGAGUGAUACUUCAUCUGCAGCGAAAAGUAGCGACAAAAGCUCGAGAAAUAAACGAAGAUCUGCAAAUAAGUUCUUCGAGACGCACGAAUUUCUGCCGACAUUUGAAAAGUGGCCGGAUUCGCGGGAGGCCGUGACGGACACGUUGUUUUACAAUGGAAACAAAGAAGAGCAUGAAGAUACUAGUACAUCAACAUCAAGUAACGACGGCACCAAAAACUCCGCCGGCGCUCGUCUAAGUUUCUUCGAGGAAUUAGUCGCCGGCGUGGAAAAGGAGUACACCUGGUGGAUGACGUAUCGGAGCUACACGCUGUUUUGCGCCGAGGAGCCCGAGGAAGAUCAGGAUGUUCAGAUGAAAAAUGGAGACAGUACGAGUUGUAUGGCGGGAAGCGCAAGCGGCGGCGUUCAUCUCCGGGAGUACACCUUGAAUCACUACGACACAGGAUCGGGCGUGGGCCUGCAUCAUUAUUAUUCCGCUCCUGCGCGAAGGAUCACGAGCGCUGCUUCUUCCUCUACCUCUACCUCUUCGAAGAGUAAAAUAAACAGGAAAACCUCCUCCGCGUUGCCCCCUCUGUCUUACUUUUCCUCGGGCGAAGAAUUCCCACGACCCGAGAGCUACGAGGCCGACUGGAAAUUAGUGAACAAAAAUGUUGCCUGUCAUAGAAGUCGUACUGCUAAUUGCCCUGCUCAACCAGAACCACCUUCCAACACCAUCGGUCCAUAUCGCGCGAUCCGUGCGACUUGCGAAUCUGGGUGGGACUUCAGCAGCCGCUGGCGGUUAGGCUCGUAUCUGGGCAGUCCGGGCUUUUGCUUUCAACAGUCCACCUCCAUUGGAGAACCACGGCGAGGAUCAACUUCUAGUACCUGGCAGGAAACUUCGCACGAAGAUCAUGGGGACGGGGAGCAGCUCCUUGGUGAGGACGAGGAGCAGGCCGCUAUUAACUACGAACAGCCAGGAGCAGCAGCAACAAAUACAAUACAAGCCGACGCUCUUGCUUCAUUGCAACACCAGGGCGCACCUAGUGAUGAAGAUGAAAAUAGUCUCCAAACCCCCUUCGUUUUCCCGACCGACCUGAACGCAAUUCUGCACCGCGUAGAGCUUUUCCUCUCCAGGUUCGCGGCCAACGAAACGAAGCGGAAGUUUUACCAAAAGCAAGCGGCGAAGAGGCGCCAGGCUUGUCGGAAGUUUUUGAUUUGCCCUAUGAACUGCAAUAGUAUCGUACUCGUCUAAAUGCAUUACAAAUUGCCUCAGCAUGAGAAAAAUUUGCAAUGCGGGUUUACCUUAAGAAAAAGAUUUGUAAUGCAAGACUUGCAUUUAUACGAGUGCGAUACUUUUGCACAGGAUAUGCCCGGAGACAAACCGGUUCGGGGACUUCCAUUUCAAGAUGAUGUGCUUCCAGGCGAGUGAAAGCUGCUAUUUGUCCGAGGUGUUUCCGAUCUGGGGCGGGCUGGACUUGCCCUGUAGUUGUUCAACAUCUAACAGCAAUACAAACAAAGACGCGACCGCACCGUCUAUCGAUUGGGCCGCCGUUCUCCAUCCCUACUACGCUCUUCCCGCUUCGAAAGAGAAUCCGGUGUUGUUCACGAGCAAUUGCAGAAGACGACGAGCAGCAGGCGCCACUACUUCUCCCACUGGAACUCGAAAUUUCCAGAAUGGAACCUCCCACGAGGUAAAAGAGCAGACGUCUGGCCAGGUGGUUGACCAGUGGGACUAUCCCAACAUCUGGGCCCCGCUGCAGCACAUCGCAGGUCGCAGUUUACGCUUCGCGAAAGCAAUCAUGAUGCGGCUUGAAGGAGGUCGUGGUAGCGCCAUCCCAGCUGGAGAUCGUGGCCGUGCAGGCACUACUUCUGCUGGUUGUAGCUCUUCGUCUUCCAGUUCAAUGGUGCAUAUAAUUCCCGAUGACCCUGUGGAAGCUUUUGUAGAGAAGUGCGUCAAGGCGGUUUGGGACCGACCGAUAUAUCAUGCACCAGCUGCACAAAAGAGUCCGGGAGCUGCAGUAGAUCAUGACAACAACGGAAAAACAACCCCCGCCAAUGUAGUUGGUACUGUGAAAAACAGUUCAUUAGAGCAGAAACUACUAGAAGACGAAGAGCAAGAGGACAGCAAGCGGCCAAUUUGGGAGAAGUACAAGGUAAACGACAUCGGCUACGUUGCCGGUGGUUCCGGCGGUGAGUACGAACCGCAGCUGGGUUUUGGAUGGACUAACGGGGUAGUCGUGGAUUACUACCUGAGCCGCUCGCUUGGCCGAAGUAGGUCAGAAUCUGAAAAAGUUGCAUAGAGAUGAACCAAACUUGACGAGCCAUGGGGUCGGUAGUAUCGUGAGCCUAUGAAGGAAGGUGGCACGACAUCAGACCAGUGUAAUCGCUUUUGCCUAUUAGUAUAGGACUGUAGUUGUAGUUGAAUGCUGGUGUGGUGCCACUGCCACUGGUCGUGACCUUGGCAGUGCAUUAGCAUCGCUUGCGCUUUUCUUCUGUAAAAUA